UAGGAUAAUGCUCUAAUAUUGUAUGUUUAUUACGGAAAAUACAAAACCUGUUUACAACUCAGUACGUCUAUCAUCUCCAGUUGAGCAAAAACAACAUGCUGAAUAACGCAAAUGGUGAAGAGAGUGCGAUACCGUCUUCGCCUUGGUCCUCAUUGCCCACGUCUCCGGCAUCAUCCUCCACCAUCGCUCGUCUUCCGAAGAACUUCAUCGGGAGGACGAUCGGUCUGGGAGGGCCUCGAGCCAGUCGGAGAUCAUUGUCUUUCGAUAGCCCGGUUAAUAGGAGGAGGUCGUUGACCAGAUCGAUGACCAUGAUGUCAUUGACCCCUAUCUAUGAGGAGGCCAGGAUGUCUGCAAGAAAACAUCUGGUGAAUAGGCGGAUAACUGUGCUUGACAUGGACACCAUGAGUCAUGGGAGUGGUUCCAGGAAGGGGGCUACAUCGGCGGGAAAGGUUAUAAAUCGCCGCAGGACCGCACUGUCCCUACCGGAGGAAAAUAAGCCACAAGGACCAACGCCUUAUGAGCGGUUUAAGCUCAAAGCAAACGCAGUGAAGUGGCUUUGUAUGGUCUGCCUAGUUUAUAUGAGAGAAGCAUCUGAAAGAGCUCUUAAAGGAACUUUACUGGAGGUCGUGGAAGAGAUCUUGACCUCGGCGGAAGAGGAAGCAAAACGAACAGGGAAUGAUGGGGAUUACCCAAAAGGCAUUGUCAGUUCCGCUUACCCCGAUAUGACCUUCGAUGCAGCAGAUUAUCAACGCUUCUCAAAAAGAGAAGAAGGAUUACCGAAUAAGAUUAAGGACAUCUUAUCAAUGGAAGAAGACGAUAGAUCACAAGAACAAAUACAAAAUGUCGUUAGAAGUAUGCAAAGUAUCGAGGAGUUUGCUAAAUAUCCGCCAGAAAUACAAAAGAGGAUGUGUAAAUAUGCUUGGUAUGACGUAUUUACAAGAAAUCGAGUCAUCAUUCGAGAUAGAGAGCGAGCUGAAGGAAUGUACUUUGUAUUGUCUGGAAAACUUACCAUGACGACAGCUGGUGCAACUUACAUUCUAAAGAAAGGAGAUAAAUUUGGGGAAUUAGAUUUGAUCAACAACACGAACAGGAGUUGUACAGUGAUGUCUAAAGAUCAAGUUGAAUUAUUCUGCAUACACAGUCAGGACUAUCCCGAUAUAUUUGACACAAAGUUAAAUGUGAAGCCAGAAGACUGCCUAGAAUAUCUCAAGUCCCUUCCGGUGUUUAAGGCAUGGACGGGGCACGACAAACUACCUGACUUUCCUGCUAACUGGGGUGUGCAAAAUUACAGAGCUGGUCAAGUAAUAGUCCCAGACAGCAUCAAGAAUGAUUGGAUUUAUGUCAUCAAAUCAGGUACUUGUGAUGUACUGAAGCACCUGAAAGCAGACGUAUGCAUGAGGGAUAAGACUGGUAAAUUCUACAAGGAGUUCAAGAAGGCUGAAAAUGCCAAGGAGAUCGAAUUCACAAAUCAGAAGCUGGCCGAAAAAUUGCCCCCUCUAACCAGAGUGACAUUCUUGACCACACCUGGACCCAGUAGCAGGCGGAGCAGUACACGAAGCAGUACUGGCCAAACCCUGAGGGGUCGGGAGCCGAUCUCCGGGAUGUCGGAUGAAAUGGUGGCCAGGAAAAAAUGUGGUUCACACAUAACAGAUACUGUAUUCAGAAGUAAAAGCAUUCUCCAGUGUGUAAGGAGUGGGAGCCAUCCAGACACUCCUUUCUGUGUUAGAGUUGGAGAAUUAGAAGCUGGAGAUAUCUUUGAUAUUCUCACUGUAAUGCCUGGAUACAAACUCAACAAAAGUGACAAAGUCAGUUUGGUAAGCCAAGGAGCCGAAGCAAUAAAGAUCAGCAAAUCAUUCUUCCUAAAGUACGCAGACGAGAGAGUGUUCACAGAGAUUGAAAUGAGGUUUGAGCCGUAUCCCGACCAGGACACCUGCCUGAAAGACAUUGAUGUGACGACAGAGUGGCAGAGAUACAAGAAGGUGGAGAUGGAGAAGACUAUGCAUGAGGUCAAGGACAGGGUCCAACUCAGGAUAACAUCCAGAUAAUACCGUCAAAGACUUGAAAGAGACUAUUCGGUGGUGCAAAUAUAGCUAAAUGACACAUGCCAUAUAAACUAAAACAACAGAGAAUUGGACAAAAUUGAUGUGACAACAGAGUGGCAGAGAUACAAGAAGGUGGAGAUGGAGAAGACUAUGCAUAAGGUCAAGGACAGGGUCCAACUCAGGAUAACAUCCAGAUAAUACCGUCAAAGACUUGAACGAGACUAUUAGGUAGCGCCAAUAUUCAUAGCUGAAUGACACAUGCUGUAUAAACUUAAACGACAACAGAGAAGUGGACAAAAGUCCUGCUUAGAAUUACUUCAAGAGAAUACCUUUCGAGACUCAAAUGAGACUUUUAUGAGAUGAAACGCAAUGUGGGGAAGUUACAAAUUGAUGCAGAGGUCCAAUCCCUGCUCACGUCUUUCGGAUGGUGACAUUAAAGGUACGUCCCAGACGCAAAUAAUCAUAUCUUAAUUAUAAGCGACUGUAGAAACUUGAUUACUUACACUGUCACUCCAUGAUAAUACAUGUACCUUCAAGAUUUGAAUGAGACCUGGGCUCCGUAACACAGAGAUUGGGGAUCAAUCGCUAAAUGAACUGACCAAUCAACAUCAAUGUUACACGCACAUUUGGUUCAAAAUACUGACCAGGGACCAAUCAGUGCGGCUAUUUCAUAUUUGCAUUCCAUCGCAAACCUUUGUGUUACGGAGCCCUGGUAUGUGAAGAUACAUGUAUGAAUAUCAAGAUCCAGAAGAAAGUCCGGCUCAGAAUGACCUUCUAGACUUCAAGUCCUUCAGGGCAGUUUGAUGUGCUAGAGCAAACAAAAGGUUCACGGGAUAAACAAGCUCAUGUAAGGAAAUGGAUGGUGGUUCACACCCAUUUGAAGACUGUUACAUGCCUUUUCAUCUGUAAUCCGCAACAGCAUCCUAACCUGUACAUGGGAUAAAGCAAUAAGAAAGAAUAAAAAAUGCAACAGUUUCUAAGAUUAUAAAGUUGUUACAAUGAACAAGGGGGGACGUAAGUUACAAAUAAAUGGUGACCUUUCCUUGUGCCAAGUUUGUGACCUUUCCUUGUGCUAAGUGAGAUACCUUUCCUUGUGCUAAGUGAGAUACCCAACAUUUUUCCAAUUUUGAGAGAUCAGAGGAGUGCUUACUACCCCAGUCAAAGUUUGAAAAGACUGAAUUGUUUAUCUGAAUGUUAAUGAUUGAGAAUUUGAUCGACAAAGCUUAAGAAUUCAACUUUUCUUGAUGUAAAUUAGGUGCAUGGGCAGUUCCUGUAAUAGUUGAUCUUUUAAGGCAUUAAGUAAUAUCUUUUUAAGUCAAUGAAAACAAUCACCUAUGUAUAAACAUACAUUGUAAAACUGUAUUUCUGGAGCCUGACUAAACAUGAACUCACAUUUACGGUAGCUAGCAUGGGAACAGAAGCCAGUUUCAUAUAACUUGCUAUCACAACAAAUUUGUGAUAACAGUUAAAAGCUACUGAAAUCCUUCAAUCCGAUUGGCUGAUAGUGAAUGAAAAUUAAAAUGAGACCCUUGUCACAGCAGCCAAUCAUAACUGAGGUCUCUAUGUUAUUUAACUACGAUUGCACAGUCUUACACAAGCUGUAGAUCUUCAAAAUUUGUUUUAAAAAAUCAGCAAUGCAUUUUACAUAAAAUGACUGUUAAACUUUGAAGGUACAAAGUAUACAUGCGUAUGCUGUGGAAGCCAUCCAUGUCCUUAAAUGUCAUAUCUACAUGUAGGACUGCUGUGCUAAAAAUUGUGUGUAUCAUUGGAUAGCUAUUCAGAUCUUAUUUUUGGAAUUGCAAUCAUUUCUUGCCAAUGCAAAACAAUAGGCCUUACAUCAUUUGUUUGUAAUUUAAAGUCACGUCAAUGUUUUGCUAUGUUUUUAGAUAUUUUUAAUACCUGUGUAUACGUUUGUUUUUGUCACAGUUCUAUGCUAACAAUUUCACAGCAUUUUGUUUUCAAACAAAUUAUAUGAUUUAUAUAUAUAUUUGCCGAAUACAGUAUUCAUAUUCAAUAUUAAAUAUAUAUGUACUGGUGAAGGGAAUUAACUAUUUUAUUUUGAAAACUAGCUAGGGAUUUAACAAGAUUGUUAGCUAAUUGAUUUUACUGCAUUUUACAAUUUCUUCAAAACUCAUAUCAAAUAACUUAUGGAUUGGGAGGGAAAUAAGGAGAAAUAACUAUGUGGUGAAUUCAAUGAGGUUUUAGACAAAAUCCUUUUUACUAUGAAAUUGUUUAAAAUGGGCAUGUAUGUAUGAAUUUCCUUAUCUUUCUUUUCUACAGAAAUCACAAAAAUAUUACAUAAUUGACAAAAUUGUAAGUCUAAGGCCUCUUUUUUUUGCAGACUAAAAAAUGUGUAUGUGAGAAAGCAUACAGUUUGUGCAAAGGAUUUCUUAGUGCAGCAAAAGUAUUAAGAAAUAGACAAAAGAACACAAACCAGCCAACCCAACUUUGCGAUAUUAUGAGGGCAACAAACAAAUUCUUUAAGGGCCUAACUUCAAUGCACUACUUGUAUGUGAAAGAACUUUUGAUUUUGAGAAAUGUUUUUCAAAUAUUGCUUAUCUUGCUAUCA